AUGGUGAGCUUUGAGGAUGAAGACGACAAUGGAGCGGCUUCUCCGGACAGCUCGGAAAAUGACGCCGAUGAAGCCAUGGAGGACGUUGACGACGCCGAUGCAGACGGAGACGCGGACGCGGAUGGAGAUAUGGAUGCCGAAGGAGACAACGACGAAGACGAGGGCGAGAACGAGGACGACGAGGAUCAGGACGAUACGCCGGAGUCUCCCUCACGCACGCAGCCUCUCAGACCCCCAACUUCGGUACGUACGCCAAUAACCAACGGCAUAUCGAGUCUUCGGCACGGCUCAGUAGAUGGAGCGGACGGGUUUCGCGCAGAGCCUGCCGUGCGCUUUGCCUCCGUAUCUCCUCGAGCUUCCUCUGUGUCGCAAAGAGCUAGCCUGCCGUUUCGACCGAGGGUACGGCCUGAGGCACUUGUUGCUUCCACAUACGACAUUGCCCCGACUAUCGCGGCGCCUCAUAGUACCUCGAUCAAUGCUGUCACUGCGACUCCGGAUAUGCGCUGGGUGUUCACCGGAGGGUCCGACGGAUACAUCAGGAAGUUCAACUGGGUGGACACUGUGAACGGGAAGCUCAUGCUCACCGUAGCGCAAAAGCAUCCUUUUGUGGACAGCGUCACGAAAGCGGGCAGCCUCGUCAGCUACUGGGAGAAUGAGAAUGCUCCAGAGCACAGUCCUACUGGCUUCGGGGACGAGCCCACAUCCUUGUCACCUGUAUACUCACUGGCGGUUCACCAUCAGAGUCUGUGGCUCCUGUCUGGCACCGAGUCCGGCACCAUCAAUUUGCAGUCUGUUCGCCACGACGAAGGGAAGCGAAUCACUUGUCUCCGUAAACACACUUCAGCAGUUUCGGUCCUAAACCUGGCGCGAGAUGAGACUUCGGUAUUAUCUGGAAGCUGGGACAAGGCCAUUAUUGACUGGGACCUUAACACGGGUGAUAUCAAGCGCGUCUUCGAAAGCGGCGCCGGAGGGCAGAUCUCUACGAUAGAGCCGAGGCCUCACUCUAGUUUGCCUGUUCCGGACGACUCGACUUUCGUGCCGCUCUCCAAUGGGAUUUUCUCUUCCAACAACGACGCGAAGCCUUUGCCAAAUGGCAUCGUUACGAAUGGCGUCCGGAACACAGCUGCAGGUGGGUCAGGGGCGACUGCAAACGGCAUCGAAGACGCUGCAGGUUCGCCUCACAACUCUCUUUUCGAAGACAACGACUCUCACGGUUCACUGUUUGGAGAUGAGGAGGGCGGGGCUGGCGGCGAUGCUAUCCCUCAACUUGGGGGUGACGAAGAUAACGAAUUCUCAAGAGCUAUAGCGGACAGCAUACAGCAACAGCAAGAGGCAGAUACCGAACCGGACGCUGAAAUGACCGACAUUGGAGGCUCUGUCCAACCGCCAGCACCAGUCCCUGAACAAGAUCCCACAGUCACCGCACCUACCGAAUCGGCACAACUUGAAUCGCUCGUGAACGGGGUCACAGAUACUCAACCUGCACCUGUCACUAAUGGGUUGACGCAUUCAGUUCACAGUACGACAGCUGCGGGUGCGUCGCAAAAUGCGACUGACGCAGACGGAGCCGAUACCCCAGUGACUUCAGAUACCACCUUCCUUGACGCUUCCUUCGACGGUACACUACGGGUCUGGGAUCGACGACAGCCCAAUCCUGUUGCUCAAAUCUUCCCAUCCAAGUCUAUUCCCCCAUGGUGCAUGGGAGCUUGCUGGUCUCCGGACGGCAACUUCAUCUACGCCGGCCGUCGGAACGGCGCUGUCGACGAAUACAGCCUCCACAGAGGGCUCCGAGAGCCUAUUAGAACAUUGAGAUUUCCUAGCGUUAGUGGUCCGGUGACCGCGGUGAGGGCGAUGCCCAAUGGCAGACAUCUCGUCUGCGCUUCGUAUGACAUUCUACGCCUUUAUGACCUCAAAGAACAGAGCACUACGCGCUCUGCGGUGCCGUAUCUAAUCGUGCCGGGUCACCGCACUGGAGUGAUUUCGCAGCUGUACAUUGAUCCAAGCUGUACCUUUAUGAUUUCGACCGGAGGGAACCGUGGUUGGGAAGGCGCUUCGACCGAGGUUCUGCUCGGUUACGAGAUAGGCAUUGAGAGGUGA